AUGGGUCUCAAGACUGACAAGGUCUCUUUUCUCCUGUGAGUCGCAUGAGCUUCUCGCACUUCGCGUCCCAGAAGCUUAAGCUACUCCUUUGCGUGAUAUUCUGGUGAUCAGCAACUGGAAGGCAACGCCUUAUCACAUCGCCGUGUUUCUCGCGCAAAAGCAGGGACUCUUCCAGAAAGAGGGCAUCGAGGUUGCCAUCGUGAGCAUCUUCCCCCUCGCUACCUGAUGAUCGAGAGCCCUUCCUGAUCCUGUUUCGGCACCGGCUAUUCUUGCAGCUCGAGCCUAAUGACCCCAGCGAUGUUACCGAGUGAGUCAAUCACGCCUGCACGUUCAACUUGAGGUCUUGAACUGACUCGCUCGAUGCAUUGACCCCUACAGUAUGAUUGGAUCCGGCAACGUUGACCUUGGCGCCAAGGCCAUGAUUCACUCCAUCGCUGCCAAGGCAAAGGGUUACGAUGUCACCGCCAUCGGUCAGUGCUCAUUCGAGCAGGGACAAGGGCGCAUUGGUGCAUUGCUGACGGCGCUCGCGCAAUGGUCUUGUUUAUGCAGGCUCACUGAUGCAGGAGCCUUUCACUGGUGUCAUUUACCUCAAGGGCUCUGGUAUCGAUGGUACCUUCCAAAGCUUGAAGGGCAAGCGCGUCGGCUACGUCGUGAGUGCAGGAGGACCUCACGAUGGGACUAGCAGAUCGCACGCUGACGUUUUCUCUCAAUCUGACUUGCGCAGGGUCACUUCGGCAAGAUCCAGCUCGACGAGUUGACUGGCCACUUUGGCAGUGAGUGGAGAGAGGGGUGAUAUGUGCCGACCGUGCGCAUGUGCUGAAGCCCUCGCCCAUUGGUAUCGCUUGUUCACAGUGUCCCCGGACGACUACACGGCGGUUCGCACUGGUAUGCACAUGGUUGACGCCAUCAAGCGUGGUGAAAUCGAUGCCGGUGAGUGGAGACAAUCGGAGAAAUGACGACGACGUAUCUUUGCGUCCUUGAUUGCUGACGAGAUGCGCACGUUGUGGUCAGGUAUCGGCAUCGAGAGCGUGAACCAGGUCGAGCUGGAGGAGUGGCUGAAGGAGCAGGGCAGAGACCCGACUGACGUUCAGAUGAUGCGCAUCGACACUUUGGCCGAGCUUGGGUGCUGCUGCUUCUGCUCCAUCCUCAUCCUCGCCAAUGACGAGUUCCUAGCGCGCGCUCCGGAGAAGGCCAGAGCGUUUUUGCGGGCCGUCAAGGGUGCAAGCGACCAAUUGUUCGCCAACCCUCAAAAGGCUUGGGAAGAGUACAAGAGGUUCAAGCCAGAGAUGAACACUGCUCUGAACGAGAGAAUCUUUGAGCGAUGCUUCGUCUACAUGUCUACCGACGCUGCCAAUGUGCCGCGUGACUGGACCAAGGUCACCAAUUACUCCAAGAGACUCGGCAUUGUUCCCCAGGACUUUAAGCCAAACUACACCAACGACUUCCUCAGCUGGACCCCUGACGACCCUCAGGAUGAGAGAGCCGAGGAGAAGCAGCUGGAGAUUGCCCAGAUUCAAAAGGACGUCGCAGCUGGCAAACGCUCGGCUCUCAAGAAUGGCGUUCCUCUCCCCGUCGUUCAGCUCGCUGCCGCCUCUUGA